AAUCUGUCAUCGUCAUGUCAUCAUCAAUUCUACUGGCUGCUAGCAGUGGCACCCUAGACAUGUACAGGAAAAUGAGCAUGCUUCAAUUAGAGCCCCUGCAAGACUUCAUAAUAGGACAUGCUGAAACAAAGUAUAAGGGUGCAUUAGUGAAGAAACUUAUGGAUCAUCCUGUAUUCCAUGAAAGUGUUGAUGGUGCCAGCUUGGAGGAAGAGAGACGUCUGGUUAUGAGACAAAUCACGGCCUUAGUGGAGAUGGAGUUUUCUGAAAAGGGCGUGGAUAAAGAAUUAUAUAAGGGCAUGGCCGAGGCGGAGGUGCUGGGAAUGUACAGCUGGUCGCUGCAGUGCAAGUACUCGCUGAUGUUCAAUUUCCCGGCUAUGGCGAUAGCCGGGAUGGGCACCGAGAGACACCGGCCGCUGCUGCGGGAUGUCGUCAACAUGAGGACCACCUUCUGUUUCGCGCUGACGGAGCUGUCGCACGGCUCGGACGCACGGCGCAUGCGCACCACGGCCACGUUCGACGCGUCCAGCGACCAGUUCGUACUGCACACGCCGGACCGGCGCGCGGCCAAAUGCUGGAUCGGCGCCCUCGCCAAGACGAGCUGGAACGCGGUGGUGUUUGCUCAGCUGGUGACGCCGGAUGGCGCCUGUCACGGUCUGCACGCGUUCGUGGUGCCCGUGCGCGAACCGCGCUCCCACCGCACCUUCCCCGGCUGCACGGUCGGCGACAUGGGCGUCAAACUGGGACUCAACGGCAUGGACAACGGGUUUGUCAUGUUCGACCAUUACCGGAUUCCGCGCGAGGCGCUGCUCAACAAGAACGGUGACGUUACGCCCGACGGCCAGUACGUGUCCCCCAUCAAGGACGACAACCUCCGCUUCGCCGCCUCCCUGGGCGCGCUGUCCGGCGGCCGCGUCGGCAUCACGCACAUGGCGCAGCUGAACAUGCGGAAGGCACUGACGAUCGCGCUGCGCUACUGCGCCGCCCGGCGCCAGUUCGGCGACGGUGACCAGGAGACGCCCGUCAUCGAGUACCCGCUGCUGCAAUACCGUCUGUUCCCGUAUCUGGCCGCCACUUACGUCUGGUACCAUCUGGCCGUCUACAUCAACAUCGUAUUCGGAGAGUUCAUCAAACGCAAAAUGUCGGGAGAUAACGCUGCAGAAAUGGCUCUGCUGGGGGCCGAGCUGCACGCGCUGUCGUCUGGCACCAAGCCCGUGUCCGGCUGGAUGGCCCAGAGCUGCGUCCAAGAGUGCCGCGAGGCGUGCGGCGGACACGGCUACCUGGCAGCCGGCCGUCUGGGAGAGGUCCGUAAUGACAACGACGCCAACCUGACGUACGAGGGCGACAACAACCUGCUGCUGCAGCAGCUGUCCAACUUUCUGCUGCGUGUGCGCGAGCUGCCGGUGGCCGAGACGCCGCUGCACUCUGCCGACUUCCUGCUGGGCCCGCCGGCCGCCGAGGACGGCCACAGCACGUGGCCCGAGCACGCGGACGUCGCCACAGUCGAGUUUGUGACGGCGGCGUUUGAGUGGCUGGUGCGCUACCUGCUGCGCACCAGCCGGACCCGGCUGGAGGAGCAGCCCGGGCCGCGGCGCGCGGCGCGACACCACGUGCAGGUGCACGGACUGAAACCGCUGGCCACCGCCUUCAUAGAGCUAUUUGCCCUGCGGCGCUUCUCGGAGAAGGUGGCAGCGUCGCCGGACGAGCCGACCCGCCAGCUGCUGACGCGGCUGGCCGUGCUGUACGGCCUCUGGUCGCUGGAGACCCGAUACGUCAGCUACCUGGCCGCAGGCUCCUACCUGUCGGGCGGCCAGGUGGGCGCGCUGCAGGCGGCCGUGCGCGCCCUGUGCGCCGCGCUGAGGCCCGACUUCAUGCUGCUGGUGGACGUGAUGGCGCCGCACGACUUCCUGCUGCGCUCCUGCCUGGGACACUCGGACGGAGAGAUCUACCACCGGCUGUUCCAGUCGUUCGUCUCGACGCCGGCCUGUAUGGAGCGGCCCGACUGGUGGCGGCUCUGCGGCCAGAUGACCGGCCGGCUCUGAGGGCGGCCGGCCGGCGCUGGAGGAGGCGGGGAGUCCCCGUCCCCGCUCCCCACCCGGCUCUGAGGGCGACCGACCGGCGCUGGGGGAGGCGGGGAGUCCCCGUCCCCGCUCCCCACCCGGCUCUGAGGGACCGGCCGGCGCUGGGGGAGACGGGGAGUCCCCGUCCCCGCGAGUGGACACCCGGCGGCACCUGCAGCCACUCACGGCCGCCGGCUGCUACUCAGCGGCUGUCGAGUCGCCUCCUGCUGCAGCUGGGUCUUUCAGUCCCGGUUAGUGGCUGGGUGACGAAGAGUGUCGCCUGUAAUGGGGUUAUAUCAGUGGUGCUCGUAUCCAAUAUCCCAGUAGUGUGUCUUGUGGCGUUCCACGGCUUAUUGGUCAUUUCUGGCAUUGGUCAGGUAAGUAGGUCGGCGGUCAUUGAUCAUGAGUCUCGAUGUGCACAGCUCUGUACUCACGAGCUUCCCGAAUGCGUGGUUUUAUCAGGUUAAUGUUGAUUGGUAUAUGCAUCUAUCUGACGACAUUGGGUGACGCUGUGUCGGGUGCGCGACUUUAGGUGAUCUGAUAGCAAACAUGGACAUUGUGAACUGUAUUGCUCUAAGUCGGUUUACUUAGUCUGAUAGUCGCUUAUACUGGGUAGUUGUUUAAACGGGGCUUAAAUGACGUAUUCUAUGCGCAACUCCGCCCUGAUAUGCAUCCAUGAUCCAUCCGACAUAUGUGCGAGUCCAGGGGCCUGGGACCGUGACCCAUGGCCCUUAAUACAGCAGCAGGUUACUGUGCCCCCACUGGGACCGGUACCGGGCCCCCACGCCAGCCGGGUCCGUUACGACGCCACGUGGCAUUGGGGUGGCAGUGCUGUUUUACACCCCGGGACAGUGCUGUUUUACACCCCGGGACAGUGCUGUGUUACACCCCGGGACAGUGCUGUGUUACACCCCGGGACAGUGCUGUGUUACACCCCGGGGCAGUGCUGUUUUACGUUUUACGUGGCGCGUGCCGAGCUCGGCUGCUCUGUGCCGAGCUCGGCUGCUCUGUGCCUAGUUCGGCUGCUCUGUAACGAGCUCUGCUGCUCUGUAGUACAACAGUGUCGUGUUGCCCGCCGCCGGGUCCCAGACGGUGCAGCGGGACCGGCAGUGCCGCGCCGCCCAAACGCGGGUCGGCCGGACUGCCGGUGAUGCAACAGACUUCGCCCGGAGCACCAUCUCUGGCCUCUCAGUUGGGCGCCUCCUUUGAGGCUGCUCAGCAUUGAGAGGUCACAUGGUGCGUCAUACCGAUGCAGAGCUGAACCCUCGUCCGCGAAAAAUUGGAUCCUAGAUCCGAGCCUGCAUACAUAGAGAUCUGAAGGAUCCUAGAUCCGUCACUGAACGCUGAAUCAAAUAACCUUUGCUACCUGGAAGCUUCAAGCCUCGUUUUAAACUCAUUCACUGCAUCUUGGAUAUCAGCAGCUGCCGGGUCCUGUUUGAUAUUUUAAGAGGUCUGGCCUUUCAGUACUGUAGGUUAACAAUUUUGCUGUAGGAUACCAGAGUUUAUAGUUCCUCUGCCGGUUAUAGCGUGAAAAAGACUGUACUUGACCCGCCUUCAAAGCCUGAGGCGCUUUGUCUGUGUGUGAUUAGGUUCAGUCAGCUCAGGUACCUUGUGCUCGGCUCACUGUUCAACUGUUACGACAAUAUACACCGUUUACUGUUGUAGCGGUAUCUGCAAUACCUACUGUUUGGGUGGUUUCGCCUUCGGCUGCCGUCAGUUAUUGUUAUAUACCUGGCUUUGGUAGUCAGUUAUUGUUAUAUAUCUGGCUUUGGUUCGUGUGCAUUGUGCAAUGUACCCAUGUUCGCUCCAGGCGCUGGUAUGUGCCGUUGUGCCAGGCGUGGUACAUACGUGUUAUUUUUAGUGUAUGCCUCCGAGAGAGUUACGGGGGGACGUUCAGCAUACCGCCAAAGGGCGCAAUGUAGCGACGCUUUAUUGGUGACAUUGGUACGGGAAGCAAUUAAAGGGCUGGCACUAAGUGGCUUUCGGGAUAUGCCGUUUAUAGUGCCUUUGUACAAUUUUAUGAGGAAUAAAAAUACAGUCUGACUGAAUUUU